AUGCUUCCAGAGUCAGAAAGGUUGCCUGAAAAUUUGUAUAGAUGGAAGAAAAUGGUUAGUGAGUUGGGAUUAGGAUAUGAGAAGAUAGAUGCAUGUCCUAAUCAUUGCAUGUUGUAUUACAAGGAAAAUAGUGACAAGAAUGUUUGUUCGGUCUGUAAAGAACCACGAUUUAAGCCGAAGACAUCUACAAAUAAGAAGGAUGUUCCUUGCUCGAUAUUGAGAUAUUUUCCCCUUGUUCCAAGACUUCAACGCCUAUACAUGUCUAAGAAUACUUCAAAGUACAUGCGUUGGCAUGCAGAUGGAGUACGUCAAGAUGAAUCAGUGAUGACACAUCCAUCUGAUGCAGAGGCUUGGAAGCAAUUUAAUCAUACACAUCCUACAUUCUCACAAGAUUCUCAGAAUGUUAGGCUUGGUCUUUGCACAGAUGGUUUUAAUCCAUUUAGCAAUACAGGUACCCCAUAUUCAUGUUGGCCUGUUUUUGUCACACCGUAUAAUCUUCCACCAAGUAUGUGUAUGAAAAAGGAAUACAUAUUUCUUACACUUGUGAUUCCUGGACCAAAGUCACCUGGUAAAAGUUUAGAUGUGAAUCUCCGACCUCUAGUUGAUGAAUUAAAGGUGUUAUGGGAUAUUGGGGUAAACACUUUUGAUACAUGGAAAAAACAAAAUUUUAUUAUGAAAGCAGCAUUGUUGUGGACAAUAAGUGAUUUUCCAGCAUAUGAAAUGUUGUCCGGGUGGAGCACUCAUGGAAGACUUGCUUGUCCAUAUUGUAUGGAGAAUAGUAAAUCAUUUGGUUUGAAGUAUGGUAGGAAGCCUUGUUGGUUUGAUUGUCAUCAUCAACAUUUGCCUAUUGAUCAUCCUUUUCGUCAUGAUCGAUACUCUUUUAAGAAGUCUGUAGUAGAAAACUCUUUACCUCCAAAACACUUGAGUGGUAUAGAUAUCUUAAACAGAGUGAAUCAACUUCAAGAAAUUAACUUUGGCUUGAAAUCAACCAAGAUAAAGCAGCCCGGCUUUGGUAGAACUCAUAACUGGGUAAAGAAAAGCAUAUUUUGGGAAUUGCCUUAUUGGUCCACCAAUCUAAUUCGACAUAAUUUGGAUGUUAUGCAUGUUGAAAAGAAUGUGUUUGACAAUGUGUUCAACACUGUUAUGGACAUAAAGGACAAGACAAAAGACAAUGCAAAUGCAAGACAAGAUUUGAAGUUGAUAUGCAGACGUCCUAGGUUAUAG